UCUCUUCACUUCCAAAAAGUUCCAACUUCACGAACGGAACAACGAAUCGCCGAUUACUUGCUCAGAGAAACACCUCGCCGGAAAUUUUGGGACCUACUAUCCGUGCAUCCGGUGUGAGUGGACGGUUGAGAUUCAACCAAAGAUGGCGGUGAUGAGAACGCCGAGUGUCCUAACAGCAGUCAGAUUCGAGACCACAAAUUCUAGUAACGGUAGACAUCCACGCAAUCCGGACACACCAGUGCCCCGUCUCUCAGUUUCGAAGCCAUCUUGGAUCGUUAGAACAGAGUCAAAUGUUCGGAUAGAACGAAGGAAGAAGCCAGAUCCACCUUGCGUGAUAUGUAGAGGAAGUGGAAGAGUUGAAUGCCAUGAUUGUUGCGGAAAAGGCAGGACGAAUUACUUAAAUUUACCAAUGCUUCCAAAAGGGGAGUGGCCAAAAUGGUGCAGGUCCUGUGGUGGAAGUGGCCUCGGUUAUUGCUCUCGUUGUCUUGGGACCGGAGAAUACAGGUAUAUAAUGGGCUUUCAUUUCAUGAAGAUGGAUGCAGAUUCCACCCAAGGUCGCAAAAAACGUUUGGUCUCUGAUAUCCCAGGUUCUCAAAGUGCAGCAGAUUUACUUCUAAAUGAUGAACAACCAAGUUCAAACCAUGAAAGAUGAUUUUUUUCGUGAAAUGUUGGAUUCCAGUGUACUUGCUAUAAAAAUGUAGUUCGUCUUAGGCUCCUCUCUUCUAUUACUACAAGGAAGUCUCUAUACAAGACUCAACACUCUUGGCGGCUCCUUAAUCCACACUCGGAGUUUCUCACUCUUGGAGCUUGCCUCUUACAAAUGAAAUCACUCCCUAUUUAUAGGCACCUCAUCCCUAACGGACGACUAAGAUGCAAUCUCACCGACGGUUGAGAUCAUUCCUGUAGAACUUUCUCCAACCUUCACAUACAUCUACACACAUCUACACUAUUCUAGAACUCUCCACAUUAGUCUCCACAACUCUAGAGAACUCUAGAAUAUUCUCAUGCCAUGCAAACGCCAUGCAACAUCUUACCCAGCGCGUGUCGCCUACAUGGCAUAACCUCCAUUGGCGGAGCGUGACAUGUAGCUAUGUAUCCGAAUUGCAAGUGAUUGUUGCUCCAAAAUGUUGCUAUAUGUAGUUUUGUCAAUUAAAUUGGAAGAAUAAUGAUUUAUAUUGGUUGUCAUAGAAUUACAUUUACCACCUGAUAGGCCAAUUAGAAAUUUUCGGUCCCCCUAUUUUGGUUUAGAGUUUGUCAUGUUGGCUUUGAGAAUUUUUAGUUUUCCAGCAUGUUCAUUUCAUGUGUGAGCUUUGGGAAAACAAGGUUUUUCAAGAAAGCCUAUUUUCUGUUUCUAGAAUUAAAAUCACUUGACAGGAUGUGAAGUGUGCUUGAACAAGAAGUAUUCUCCCAAAAGAACCUCAAUGCAUGUUUGGUUCUGUAUUCUGGACAAACACUGAACGAUGGACAAGACUAUUCUCUUUUUCAUAAUAAAUUGGGUUCAUUA